UCCGUCCUGCUCCGGUAGGGAGACAACACAGAGCCACUGACUUAGGACAUGACUGAUAGCAACUAGUUAGGUACCGGCUUCCGAGAAUAUUUCCUCUGGGAAAGGGAAAAACUGGAUAUAGAGGGCAAAGAAACCGUCAAAAUAACAUUUUUACAACAGAGGUCGCGAUCUAAAACAGCCGUGUUCGCCACCACACCGCUGGGCGCUACUGCUGACGGAAUCAGUCAAGUGCGGUGAACUUUGGGCUUAUCACUUGGUUGUUGUUUUAUAGUUUGCAACUUUCUCAGGGUAAAUUUAACUGCACUUCCUUCAGCAUUAACAGGAGAUGAUGUUAUUAACCCACUGGAUUUGAACAUGUCGGCAGUAAAUUAUUCACUAAAGCAUUUCUGCGGUUGACCCGCUUUGCUGAUAGAAGGCAUCGCUGGAGACGUUGUGGCGCUUUUGUAAAGUGCACUUUCAAGGUUACUAUUUAGGCAACGACUUUGAUGUUAAUUAAAUGAGACGUGCGCUCUCGUGGGUAACUCCCGCAACAGAUAACUGUCAACGGUGUAAAACUUAAAGGCGAGAGCUGUAUGGACUAAUAGGCUCACUUAUGAGUGAAGACAACUCACCGACAUUUAUGGAGGGUCAGUUUGUUAUGCGGCUCUGACUGUAAAUGUGGAAUGGAACUCAUUUCCAGGAUGCAAGUGCACUGUUGAAGACUGUUGUAGCAUUCUUGCUAGGGAAUAGUUUACUACAGUUUUUGUAUUAGGGCUUUUACCGCAUAAACUAGCAAUACUGCGAGUAAAAACUCGUCAAAGACAUCGUAUUACACCGUCGAGACUGAACCACGACGAACGCCGACUGAUAUCCCUCAGCGCCCACACCAUGGCCUCCUGCUUCUGGUUGCUCUGGAGACGGACCUUCCUCGCGCUGUCCGUGUGUGCGCUCGGGGCGCAUGGGGUGGAGAAUGACAGCACCUUCAACGCAGAGUCAUGGCUCAGGAUGUACGGUUACCUGCCCCAGGCCAGCAGACAGAUGUCAACCAUGCGUUCAGCUCAGAUCCUGUCCAAUGCCAUCAGCGACAUGCAGCGGUUCUACAGCCUGGAGGUCACUGGACAGAUGGACCCUCAAACCAUCAGUGCCAUGAGGAGACCCCGUUGCGGUGUGCCUGACAAGUUUGGAGGCCAGAUCAAAACCAACGUGCGGCGGAAACGCUAUGCCCUCACCGGACAUAAAUGGAACAAGAACCACCUUACUUACAGUAUCCAGAACUACACUCCCAAGAUUGGAGAGUAUAACUCAUACGAAGCCAUCCGGCAGGCGUUUAAAGUCUGGGAGGGGGUGACCCCAUUGACCUUUGAUGAAAUCCCCUACCAGGAGAUCAAAUAUGGACGCCGCAAGGAGCCCGACAUCAUGAUCUUCUUUGCUUCAGGUUUUCAUGGAGACAGCUCUCCUUUUGAUGGUGAGGGAGGCUUCCUAGCUCAUGCCUACUUCCCUGGACCUGGAAUGGGUGGGGACACACACUUUGACUCGGAUGAACCAUGGACAAUAGGAAACCAGAACGUGCAAGGUAAUGACCUCUUCCUGGUGGCAGUCCACGAGCUGGGCCAUGCCCUGGGUUUAGAGCACUCCAACAAUCCCCUGGCCAUCAUGGCUCCCUUUUACCAAUGGAUGGAGACUGAGAACUUCCAGUUGCCUGAGGAUGACCGGCGAGGCAUACAACAGAUCUAUGGUCAACCAGACAGUGGCCCCACCCAGGCCCUGCCCACUGUGACACCCCGUCGCCCGGAGCCCAGGCCACCUCAGACACCUCCUCGGCAUCCUGACCGCCCCAGGACCACUGAAAGACCAGAUCACUAUGGACCCAAUAUCUGUGAAGGGAACUUUGACACGGUCGCUAUGCUCCGAGGAGAGAUGUUUGUUUUCAAGGGCCGUUGGUUCUGGCGGGUGCGUAAGAACAGGGUUCUGGAUAACUACCCCAUGCCCAUCAGUCACUUCUGGAGGGGUUUACCUGGAGACAUAGAUGCUGCCUAUGAGAGACACGAUGGCAGGUUCGUCUUCUUUAAAGGAAACAGAUUCUGGCUUUUUAGGGAGGCUAACCUGGAACCAGGCUAUCCACUUGAGCUGGUUGAUUAUGGUAGGGAUAUUCCCUACGACCGAAUAGACACAGCCAUCUGGUGGGAGCCAUCCGGCUACACUUACAUCUUUCAAGGAGACUGGUACUGGCGCUUCAAUGAGCAGUCGCGCUUGGCUGACAGAGGCUACCCAAAACCAAUCAGUGUCUGGGGAUCGUCAGUGCCCUCCACUCCCAAGGGGGCCUUUCUCAGCGAUGAUGGAGCCUACACUUUUUUCUACAAGGGUUCCAAGUACUGGAAGUUUGACAACCAUCGCAUGAAGAGUGAACCAGGCUACCCUAAGUCCAUUCUGAGAGACUUCAUGGGCUGCAGCGUGGACCUGGAUCCAGACAGAGACACGGACACAGACUCAGGACGCAAAUACCCAGACGUGAACCGCCCACCAUUCAACCCCGACGUAGGAGGUGGCGGCGAUAAGGGCAAAGACCGGGAUGGAACGGAUCACGGCGGAACGGACAAAGACACGGGCAAAGGAUCAAACAACGACAAAGACGAAGACUAUCGUGAGGGUCGUGAGGAAGACACCAACGAGGUGGACGUGGUGCUGAAGGUGGAUGACAGCGAGGAGCGGACCAUGAACAUCCUGAUGGUAACCAUCCCACUGGUCCUGGUGCUGUGCAUCCUGGGACUGAUCUACGCCAUCAUCAACACGCUGCAGAGCAAAGGGGCGCCGCGGCUGCUGGUGCACUGCAAGCGCUCGCUGCAGGACUGGGUCUGACCCUUGACAUUAGGGGGUACUGAACUUUGAACUUAAAUUGGACCUUAGACACCACCCUCCUCUAAUCCAGCCCUCCUCCCAAUGAUCCAUCUGUUUCAAGUCUGUGUGCUCAGUGGCUCCUGCAACUCUUAGUACUCUAUUUGGUAGUAGAUCCAAUACUGUACUGAUGCACACACACACACACACACACACACACACAAACACACCACCCUAACAUCCUCCUGUCUCCCAUGGUGCUCUACAAUGCGUUGACUGUAGUAUAUUUAUAUGAGAGAAGUUUGCACUUUUUUUUUUCUUCUUGUUUUUGUUUUGGUUCAUUUUGUGUGACUUUUUGUUGUUAUUAUUAUUAUUUCUAAACCAGGAAGGCUGUUCUAUUCUCUCUCCUGCCUCUGCACCCCCCUCCUCCUUCCCCUAAUCUCAGUAGGGGCUUUAUCCUCGCCGAUAAAUUGACAUCUGCUUAUGCUAUCACAGUUGCCACAAAAGAAAGGAAUGCAAAGGGUUAGAAAAGAAAGCGAUUUGUAGACGGACAGGUAGGGUUCAGUAGUGUUCCUUCCUCCUUGCAUCAUCAUCUUCUUCAUCUUGCUCCAUCUCUUCCCUUUUCUCUGCAGCACAGUAUGUCAUGGGGUGGAAGGUAAGUUAGAAAGAGACAGGGAAGAUAAGAUAUUUCACUGUUGUUUACAUUAAGAGGUAUUUUGAGGCCUGCCUUGAGCCCGUAUACAGUAUCAUCCUCCCUUUGUAAAAGUCGUAGGGUUGGAUCAGAGUUCAGUUUGUUAGUCAUACAGGCACUGGUUUGGUUUUAAAGGAUAAUUCCAGUUUAUUACAACUUAGAUCUUAUUUUUAAUGGUAAUUUUAAUUGUAAUAAUAACACUGUACUCAUCAAGUUAAUUGCUGAGAUCUGGGUAUGUGGCGACUUUGCUAAAAAGAUGUCGCUCAUACCGGCUUUAAACAAACCCCCAGGUUAGCCAAACUCAUUUGCAAGAGAAAAUAAAGACAGACAGUAAAAUUAUUACGGUGUCAACAUAAAUCAGUUUACGGACCAGCUUCCUGGUUCUACUUGGACCUACCAUAUUUGCUGUAGUUGUGCACACAGCUUUUGCGUGCAGUGAAGGAUUACUUACAUUUUGGGUGCGCUCACUUUUGGCUUACCUCCAAAUAAAGUGGUUUAGAUGAUCUGUCGAACAUGGGGGUCUGUUUAAAGGAAUGUUUUGACAUUUUGAGAAAUACACUUAUUUGCUUUUUUGUGGACAGAUGACAAGAUUGAUACCACUCUCAUGUCUGGUCUGUACGCUAAAUAUCAAGCUGCAGCCAGCAGGCAAUUAGCUUAUCUUAGCAUAAAGACUGGUAGCAGGGGGAAUCAGCUAGCCUGGCUCUACCACCUCUAAAUUUUAUUAACACAUUAUACCUUGUUUGUUUAAGCCAUACAAAAUUAGUAACAUUUUGAGGUGCUAAUAGGCAGAUUUUCUUUUGCGUUGGACAGAGCCAGGGUAGCUGUUUCCUCCUGCUUCCAGUGUUUUAGCAAACCAGCUGCUGGCUCUAGCUUCAUAGUAAGUCUACAGACAUGACAGUAGUAUCGAUCUACUCAUCUAACGCUCAGCAAAAGAGCUAGUAAGCAUGUUGAAUUAUUCCUUUAAAACCAGGCUGAUUGUCUGACUGAUGCCCCAUUGGGCUUUGUUGUAGUCAUUUUGACCUGUUCCCUGAUAUCAGCAAUUACUUUGAUGAGUACAAUGUUAUCAUAACACAUAGAAAUGAUGGCUAUGAAAAAAGACCCAAAUUGUAAUAAAUAGUAAUUAUCCUUUAAAUUCAGACUACUACUGCCUUGUUUUCCUUCUUUAUCUUGUGCUCACAUAGUUGGACAAUAGAUCUACCUUCUUUCUUUUCCUUACUUGGAAACCAUUUAAAGACCUCUUUGGCUGAAAGGGUAAACAGACUUUAAAGGAAACCUCUUCCCUUAACUUUCAUUUAUGUAGCUAAUUCUCAGCGAGCCCCCUUUCUGUCAACAGUAAGUCCUUUUCUUUGUGCUACAGAGGAGACAGACUAAUGGUUAAUUUAAAGAGUCAGCUCACUGUGAAAUAACACAAGAGAGGGAGCAUUCAUUGCAUCUCUGCGUGUGUGUGUGUGACAUAAAACAAGGGAGAAACAAAGCAAAGCCACUUCAGAACAGGAUGUAACACCACAAAUGCAGCACAGCAGUCACAGGGGGCAGCUAAUGUACCAUGCAGUUCAUAAUGGACUUUUUACUGCUAGUGUUUUUUGAAAGGACAAUUUAAGGAAAUUCAUUGAUCUAUUUUAAAUAUAGCAUAGCUGUAAGUACCAGGGUGGGCUCGAGCAAUGCAGGCUCAUGUGGACACAGACUAAUCCUCUUCAUUAAAAAAGAGCAGGUGUGUGCAAAUGCAGUUAACCCCUGUGACCCCUAAACUAAACCUUGAACUCCCAGAACCAAAACACUCCCUUUUCAUCUCGCAAGAAGAGAGAUGAGAAGAAGGGGGAGUGUGGGCACAGAAAAUUUUACAGAAAUGAAUGGAAACCAAUGGCUGCCAUGGAAACAUACAUUGAAAAAUCUGAAAAAUAACAGCACGGUUUCCAAAAUGGUUUGUGUAAAAUGGUUAUUACAUUGUUAAAUAGUAGUAUUAGGGCUAAAAUGUGCAAAGCCAAUGGUGUCCUUUAAGAGAAACAAUAUUCAUCAAAGACGAGAUCAUUUCUCUUGACCCAUUUGUGAAUACAUAUACAAUAAUUUCUUGGGUCUGGUGACCUCACCCAUAUACUUGUGGAAUGAGCAGCCCCAAGUUAUUCAAAAAGUGUAGCAGCAAUGUAACAUUUGAAAUGAUCUCAUCAUCACUAUUUUUUUUUUAUACAAAUAAGACUUUGAGUCUACAAACUGGGCUGAAGUUAAAGAGAGCGUGUAGGAGUGGCCGACUUUAGAGUGGGACUUCAAAUAUGAAUGGGAGGAAGGCUUAUCUGAGGUAGCAUUAAGAAGUAAGCUGCCAAUGUGACCAGAGGGGGCUCAGGUCACCCGGCUCAGGUUACACAGAUGUGGAUGGGGAGGGUGAGGAGAGACAGAAUUUUCUGCAGCUGAGACAAGGAAAGGGGGAGGGCGGGGGGGGGGGCUGACCUCGUCUCCCUGAACAUGCAGAGUUUGGAUCUCAGGAAUAAGGAGGGGUGGGAAGAGAGAGAGAGAGAGCGGACUUUAAUGGCUCUGUCCCACUGGCCACAGCUCUGGUGACCCAAAUUCUUCUGCUCGCUCAACAACAGUGCUAGCCAAAGAGGAAACUUUAGCUUACGAUAGGUGACAGACCUUUUUUAGGAAUCUAAGUGCUUCGCUUGCUCUAAGUGCAUGUUGCCAGACGGCGCAGAUACACACCACUGCUGUUUUGUUAGGCCUCCAGCUAGGUGAAGACAGGUUGAGGUGAGACACCUGCACAGACAGAGGUAAAGUUAACAGGACACUUGCACUGAAAGGAGGAAAAGGAAGAGCAUAAUCAGCCGUCACCAGAAGUCUGGAGAUUGAUCUGUGGCCAGUCGAUAGCGGUUGCCAGGAAACGGUGUCCUGUGUCCAUUGCUCACCUCCUCAUCAUCAGGAUUGGGGGGGUGGGGGGGCGAAACUAAUCAGCGUUAAAAGCACCCCCACCAACCUCUCCUCCCUCCUCUCCUGUCCUGCUCUUCCAUUGGUCCUACAGGCACAUCAAUGAGUGCUUGAACACCCUAGUGUCUGGACAGGCUCCGAAAAUGCCGACUCAUUGCACUAGACACAACGUUGUGUAUGGAGUUCUUUUUUUUAUUUUUUUUAUCAACCCUUCAUUUCUCCUCUGUAUCCUCCACACAGAGAGCCCGCGGGGAGUUAACCACUUCAAAGCUAAUCUAACCACUUCAAAGUUGAAAAAGUCGAGUGCACCUUGAAAUCACAGUUUCAGUGAUUCUGCAGUUUGAGAGAUUCUCUGUAAGGUGAUGCUCGUUGUCUCAGGACACCAAGCAGAAGAGAGAAUAUUGACAGGUUAGAAAAGAAAUCUGUCAAUGCUGAUUGAUGCGUGUGUGUGUGUGUGUGUGUGUGUCGAGCUAUUCUGUUAAUCAGCUCUACUCUCCAUAAGCGAGGCCUGUUUUCUGACUGUAAAUCUCCCACACUCUCUCUAUCCCCAGCCCUCCGCAUACUCAGCCCAGCCCUUAAGCCCGAGGGGAUCAUAAUCACAACAAUGGCCUUCUCUCUCUAUCUCGCUUUCUCCUCCCCCUAUUUUCUCUCUCCCUAAUACACACACACACACACACACACACACACACACACACACACACAACACAUUAUUGUCUUCCCCAACCUCACCUUCCUCCCCUCCUUCCUGCUCUCUCCUCCCCCAUAAGGAAACUAGUCCAGGCCAAGGUCCAGCCUCGCACAGCAGAGCCUGUUUGUAGAUCCACCUCCUUGUUCAGCAACACUGAACACAUCACUUAAAAACACUGUACCUGGCAGGUUUGGAGUUCGGUGAAUGCAGACUUGGCAACAGGAUGUCACAUUCAGAGUUGCAAAGGCUGAAGUUCUUUUAUGUUAAUGCCUUGUUCGUUUUGAAGUACAGGGCCUUGAUGCAAAGUUUAGGUAAGGUUUCAUCGCUCUCAGGAUGUGUUUCUGUAAACACUGCAUGUUAACAGCGCUGCUGUUUUGGUUCUGAGCGUAGGCUUUAUACCUUUCUUUUUUCUUUGUCUUUUAUUUUAAUGAACAUCUCUGUUAAAGUCUACAUAAUCAAUGAGAAGGCAAGUAUUCUUCUAGCUGUGUCUGUGCUCGCCACUCUGUGCGCUGCGGUCACUGUAUGACCGCAAUUCCUAAUAACCACAAGCUUCAAAAAGCCAUUGCAUCAGCCCUGUGCAAAGUCAGAACUCUACCGGGAAAAACCAGAUCAAUAAAUAACGGACUGAAAAGAUCAAAGCAAAAGAGAAAAAUAUAUAUAUGUCCAACGUGAGUAAGACUGUGCUCUGUUUCAGUUUCACUCGGAUCAACUUUGUGGCUUAUGAUGGUUCGAACCCAAAGGAUUGUGGGUUGUCAAGAUGCUUUUCUCUUCGGAGUGCAUCUCACCUUGCUCAUGGAGCCCAUCCACUCUGAAACCACUCCUUUUAAAUCGCCACUCACCUCCUCACCGCGGGAUGAAACAGAAAAGAUGGCUGACAAAUGACUUUGAGCAUCUGUGUCGUCGCUUUGCCCCAGAUGAGUGCAGCGGAUCAGCUCUCACUGGGCUUCACGCAGGCAUUGAAACUGUUGAGCAGCCCACUUGAGAAAACUGUUCAUCCACUAACUGCCGCUAGAGUAGAGAGUAGAUUUUGUUAUAUUCAGUCAAUUCUGUACUGACCAUCAACAGCGGAGCUUGGCAUCUCAUACUAGGCCCUCUUGAACGUCUCUCUUCAUUACUACGGUUCAGUGACUUUCUGAAAAAACUUGACCAUAAUCCCUGACUGGGAUGAGAUGGGGGGGGGGAUACAAAAAGAAAGCAGCAGUCAAUAAAAACAGAUGAGGUUAUUGUCUGUCUUUGAUAAUUUGUCUUAUUUUGUGCAUUUUUGUUCUCUCCAAACUUGAUAUGACAUUUUUUGUUAAUAACAUUCCAAUUAGUGUUUUUUGAUUGGUUGUUAGGGGUCUGUAGAAAAUGUAAGAUUUUAUACAUUUGUGUUGUUGUGUGUUCACCUCUAGUUGAGUGUGUUAACAAGCCAUGCUGGACAUGUACACAUUAAAAAUUGCUCUGAAAAUA